AUGUCGACCAUCUCCGAAGUCACCAGCGUCCCCGAGUGGGAGCAGGUGCUGGCGUCCGUUCCACCCACGACCCUCCUUGUUGUCUCCUUCCACGCUCCCUGGGCCGCUCCCUGCGCCCAGAUGGCCACGGUCCUGUCGACUCUCGCCUCCGAGUACCCGGUUGUCGAGCCACUGGCGACCAAGUGGGUGUCCAUUAACGCGGAGGAUCUUAGCGAUAUCAGCGAGGCCUACGAUGUCACUGCAGUUCCGUUCCUGGUUCUGCUGAAGAACGGCAAGGUCCUCGAGACCGUUAGCGGCAGCAGCGCUCUCAAGGUUCGGACCGCCAUCGAAACUCAUGCCCAACAAUCCGGACCAGAAGCCCCGGCAGAGGUUACUGCGAACGGUAUGGACGUCGACAGUACGCCGGUGGAGGAACAGGAUCCCGAGAAGAAGAAGGAGGAGUUGUUCAAGCGCCUCGGCGACUUAGUAAAGGCUGCCUCUGUGAUGCUCUUCAUGAAGGGUACACCUAGUUCACCGCAGUGUGGAUUUUCGCGCCAGAUGGUUGGCCUUUUGCGAGAGAACUCUGUCAAGUACGGUUUCUUCAACAUCCUGGCCGAUGACGAAGUCCGCCAGGGACUCAAGGAGUACGCCGACUGGCCGACCUACCCCCAGCUCUGGAUUGACGGAGAGCUCGUCGGCGGAUUGGACAUUGUCAAGGAUGAAAUGAGCAACAACGAGGAGUUUUUCAAGCCUUACAGCGUGGGAACUGGCGAAACAGCUGCUUGA